AUGUAUUCUCUGCUUAACAUGGUGCACUUGAUAUGUGCACUUCUCUUAAUAGCGUCUCUUCAAGGAACUGUCGGAGCCAGACUUCCACAGUCCCAAAAUGACAAAGAGCAAAUGCCGAAGAACAUAGAAGAAAAAAUCAAACCUCUGCAAAAGUAUUAUCAUACAACUGACACAGAAUGGUUUGGAAAAUCUGUUUUGCUUUCUCAUCUGCACCAGCUGAAUUCCAAGGCCUGCACUUGUCAGUCUCUGCUGCUUGAUAGAAUGUUGAACGUCACUGAAACAAUUUUUCAAGACAUGAGAGGGAAAGCUGAGAAUGAAGAAACGAAAACCAGCCUAACAGAUGUAAUGACUGAGGUGAAAAUGCUGAGACACAAGUACAGAGAAGAACAGAAAGUAUGGAGGGAGCUUCAGGACAUUCACUCAAUCGAGGUGAAAAAUGGCACAAUCCAGAAAGGAGCACUAAAUUCCUUUCUCAUGCUGUAUGAUCUGGCUGAGAAAAACCAAGAGAGACAAUCACCAGGACAAGAAUCAUUUUAA